GCGCGGCGCGGGGCGGGCCGCAGGGCCGCAGUGGCGGAGCCGCCCCGUUCCUCCGGCGCAUCGCGGUCGCCAUGGCGCUGUGCGGCCGCUCCGCGCUCCUCCCGCCGCCCCCGCGGCACCGGCCCCGGCCCCGAGCCCCGGGACCCUUCGUCAGCUGCAGUCGCCUCCGAAACAUUCAGAGCAUCCUGACACAGAGCAGCAAAUCUCAGCCUGAUGGAAUCCUCUGCAUUUUGGGGAUAGACAGUCGGUACAAUGAAGGGUGCAGGGAGCUGGCAAAUUAUCUGCUCUUUGGUUUGUACAACCAGAACAACAACGACUUUGAAAGGACAGGCUUUCCUGAGGAGGUUCUGGAUGAUAUAAUCAUAUUAAUAAAACCUGACAGUGUUCAUCUGUACUGCAACCCUGUGAAUUACAGUCAGCUUUUGCCCUAUGUGGCACACUGGAGGAACUUGCAUUUCCACUGUCUGACUGAAAAUGAGUAUGAAGAUGAAGAAGCUGCAGAAGAAUUUAAGAUUUCCAGCUUUGUGGACAUGGUCCGGGAUUGCAGCCGCAUCGGGAUCCCCUACAGCUGCCAAGGCCACCUGCAGAUCUUUGACAUGUUCAUCGUGGAGAAGUGGCCGAUCGUCCAGGCCUUCGCGCUCGAGGGCAUCGGCGGCGACGGCUUCUUCACCAUGAAGUACGAGUUAAUGGAUGUCAGUGCUGACUUGUGGAAGACCUACAGCAAAAUGGAUCCUGUGUCCUUGGAGGAUUUGCUCUUUGAGGAUUUAAUGAUUUUUGAGCACCAGUGGACCAACUUUUUUGCUAAUUUUGACACUGAAAUUCCCUUCAUUCUGGAGCUCUCAGAAUCUCAGGCAGGGGAGCCCUUCAGAAGUUAUUUCAGCCAUGGCAUGAUCUCAAGCCAUAUAACAGAUAACAGCCCGAGCCGACAGCCCUUUGUCCUGUUUGGCAGCCACUCCACAAGGGACAACCUGAACUCUGGCAACUUCAAUUUUCCAUCUGAAGGACAUCUGGUCCGAAACACUGGCCUUGGGGGGAGCACUGCCAAGCACAUGGUAGUGCAGUGUGUAUCUCCAAAGGGACCUCUGGCUUGUUCAAGGACCUAUUUUUUUGGAGCCACUCACAUUCCUUUCCUGGGAAAUGACAAUGAGAUGCACAAACCAGCUGAGCAAGUUACGCUGUUGUCCCAAAUAUAUUCUGCUGUUGUAGAGGCUGUGCUUGCUGGCAUUGAGUGCUAUGCUAAAACUUCCACUGAAUCCAAGGCCAAGGAGGUGGCAGAGCAGGUGCUGCUGUCUGUGUUGGACACCCUGGGCUUAGCACAGCUGAGAUCUGCUUUACGCUCCAAAAUCACUUUUCAUAUUCAGGCUGUGAACAACCAUGGCAGAAUUACUCCAUUAGAUAACGAGGACAGCCUGAGUUUGAUCAAAACGGCAUCCAUGAUGGUGUUUGACAUUCCAGACCUGCUGACAGGAAGAGGAUGCUUGGGAUCUGUUGUGUUUUCAGAGUCCUUCCUGACAUCACAGAUACAGGUCAAAGAAAAAGAUGGCAGCAUCCAUCCAGACUGCAGGCACGUUAUCCUGACUGCAGCUAUCCCCAGAUUUGCCUCCUGGCUGGUUGAAGACAGUGAUGUGAAACUAUCUGAAAAGGCACUGCAAGUAUUGAAGGAAGACAAAUCUUUCCUGGGCACUUUACUCACUGGGGGUGAUGGAGUUUAUAUCUGUUCCAGCAAUCCACAGGCCAUGCCUAAAGAAGGCAAAUUGUAUUUCUUUUCUGAUGGAAUUCUGUUCUGUGAUCCCCACCAUGGCAGCAUUUCCAUUUCCAAGAGCCACAUGAGUUCCAUUUCUCUCUAUGAUGGGGAUUCCAACAGCAUUGUUGCUGCUCUCUUUAUAGACUUCAAAAGUUCCCUGCUUCCUCAUCUCCCUGUUGAAUUCCACACCCAGAACAACUUUCUGAUGAUUGCACUUUUCCCCAAAAGAAAGAUUUAUAAAGCUUUUUAUUCACAGGUUUUCUCUUCAUGGAAAAACCAGACAAACUCAGGAUUAUCUUUAAGGGUUGUCCAGGAAGAAUUCCUGUCUGAGGAACAAAAGAAGCUGCAUUCCAGUGUUCAGAAGCUCUUCAAUGCCUUGUCUUUCUCUUCUGGGGAAAGAUGCAGGGAGCUGAAACUGUCUGCUGCCAUUCCAGAAUUGGAGAGGUUUAUGCAGCACUUCACAGUCAGCAGUGUCAGUACCAAGCCAGUGAUGAGAGCACAUCUUCCUGUCCUUCUCAAACAGUCAGAAACCAUUUCUGACAGCAGAGCAGGAGGUGAGAAGGUGAUCAUCACCAUCCUCACUGGGCUGCCUGGAUGUCGUUCCAGUGACCUGUGUUCUUUCCUUGUCACUUUUACCAAGGAGCAUGGGAGGUGGAUUGUUUAUCGACAGACCAUGGACAGCCCUGAGUGUUUCAGUGCCUCCCACUUCCAGCGUUUCCUGACAGGGCUCCUGGAGGCCCAGCAGAGCCUUGGGGUCCAUCAGCCCCCCCAGAAUGGGAAGAGCAGGAGGCUCCUGGUGGUGCUGCAAGGGUACACUGAUGUCAUUGAUGUUGUGCAAGCUCUGCAGACUCACCCUGACCCAGAUGUGAAAUCUUCUUUCAUCAUUGGAGCAGUCAACACCUGUGUGGAGCCUCUGAGCUGCUACAUGGAACACAGGCUUCUUUUUCCCAAGUUCUUGGACCAGUGUUCACAAGGCCUGGUGAGUAACGUGGUUUUCACCAGUCAUGCCACAGAGCAGAGGCACCCGCUCCUUGUGCAGCUGCAGAGCCUGAUCCGAGCAGCAAAUCCUGGAGUUGCCUUUGUGCUGGCAGAAAAUGGAAUUGUGACCAGGAAUGAGGAUAUUGAAUUAAUUCUCUCAGAAAGCAGUUUUUCAACUCCUCAGAUGAUGAGAGCUCGAUAUUUAAUGUACCCUGGCUGGUUUGAGGGCACAUAUGGGGCUGGGCCUGUGUUCCCUCCCAUGGUUCAGAUCUGUGUGUGGUUCAGCCGCCCUCUGGAGAAAACACGAUUUGUGACCAAAUGCAAAGCAAUUAAGUCGUUGCUCAAGCCCAGUCCAUUUUCUGGAAACAUUUAUCACAUCAUGGGCAAAGUGAAGUUUUCAGAUGCUGAUAAAGUCAUUGAAGUCUGUCACAACACAGCAGCAAAUUCCCUGAGCCUGGUGCCUGUGCCAGAGGGGCCAACUCCUCCUGAUUCCAGAAAUGAUCCCAGAGACUGCAGCAGUCAGCAGGAAUAUUUCCUUGUGUUCAUUGGCUGCUCCCUGAAGGAAGAGGAUAUCAAAGAUUGGCUCAGAGAAACUGCAAAGCAGAAACCUCAGAGGAAAGCCCUGAAAACCAGAGGAAUGUUAACCCUUCAGGAAAUCAAAAACAUUCAUGUGAAACGUCACUUGGAUCCACUUCCAGCUGGUUAUUUCUACAAUGGGAGUCAAUUUGUGAAUUUUUUUGGUGACAAAAUGGAUUAUCAUCCAUUAAUGGACCAGUUCAUGAAUGAUUACUUGGAAGAAGCCAACAGGGAAAUUGAGAAGUACAACAGGGAGCUGGAGGAGCAGGAGUACCACGACCUCUUUGAGCAGAAGACUUAAGCACGUGGAUCCUGGGUAUUUCUGACCUUGUGUCAGGAGCCAAAAAUGAUGUUUUGUCCUUUUGGCUCACAAGAAAUUGAGUGAAACGUCUGUUUUCAGCACUCCUUCCCAAACUAAGGGAUCAUUCCCCUAAGGUUGGCAUUUAACCCAGUAACUGCUUAGCUGUUUGUACUGUCAGGUUUGCUUCCACUUCACCUUAAUUCCAGACUGUACAAAGCAUCACCUGGAAUCUCUGGCUUGUGGUGGAAACGUGGGAAAAAAGAAGAAGAAGAAGGAGGAGAAAAAGAAGCAAAACUGGAUUUAUUUCCUAAAAGGUCAGAAUGUAAUUGUGGAAUUGGGCUGUGGUGCAGAUAUCAAACAAUCCCUGGGUGUCCCUUGGAAAUCACAAGGGCAUUGAUGAGCAGAGGGGGAAUUCAGGAUGUGGGAUUGGGGUGUUCCCAAUGCGAGAAAUGGGGGAACAGACUCAGAAGAGUCCCCAGUCCCAGAACUGUUUGGGUGUUCCUGAAGCAAAAAAUGGGGGAAUAAUUAAAAAAAUUAGAUGAAUCCCUAACCCCAGAGCUGUUGAGAUGUUCCCAAAGUGAGAAAUGGGGAACAAUGGGAAAAACUCAGAACUGAGUCCCUAAUCAACAGCUGUUGGGAUGUUCCCAAAGUGAGAAAUGGGGGAACAGUGGGAAAAACUUAGAAUUGAGUCCCUGAUCCCACAGCUCUUGGUGUGUUCCCAAAGUGAGAAAUGGGGGAACAGUGGGAAAAACUUAGAAUUGAGUCCCUGAUCCCACAGCUCUUGGUGUGUUCCCAAAGCGAGAAAUGGGGGAACAGUGGGAAAAAUUCAGAAUUGAGUCCCUGAUUCCAGAGCUGUUGGUGUGCUCCCAAAGCAAGAAAUGGGAGAAUGAUUCAAAAACUUAGGAUCACUGAAUCUACAGCUGUUAGGAUGUUCCCAAAAUUGUGGAAACAGUGGGAAAAACUGAGAAGUGUCCCUAAUCCCAGAGGUGUUGGGAUGUUCCCAAAGCGAGAAAUGGGGGAACAGUGGGGAAAACUCAGAAUUGGGUCCCUGAUCUCACAGCUGUUGGUGUGUUCCCAAAAUGAGAAAUGGGGGAACACUUUCUCAGAGUCCCUGAUCCCAUGGUUAUUGAUGUAUUGCCAAAGUGAGAAAUGGAGGAACAAUGGGAAAAGCUCUGAAGAGUCCCUAAUCCCAGAGCUGUUGGGAUGUUCCCAAAGCGAGAAAUGGGGGAACAGUGGGGAAAACUCAGAAUUGAGUCCCUGAUCCCAAAGCUCUUGGUGUGUUCCCAAAGCAAGAAAUGGGGGAACACUUCAUCAGAGUCCUUAAUCCCACAGCUGCUAGGGCAUUCCCAAAGUGAGAAUUGUGGAAACAGUGGGAGCAACUGAGAAGAGUCCCUAAUCCCAGAGCUAUUGGUGUGUUCCCAAAAUGAGAAAUGGGGGAACAGUGGGGAAAACUCAGAACUGAGUCCCUGAUCCCAGAGCUCUUGGUGUGUUCCCAAAAUGAGAAAUGGGGAACACUUUCUCAGAGUCCCUGGUCCCAUGGUUAUUGAUGUAUUGCCAAAGUGAGACAUGGGGGAACAGAGGGAAGAAGCUCAGAUGAGCAUCUAAUCCCAGAGCUGCUGGAAUGUUCCUAAAGUGAGAAAUGGGGGAACAAUGGGAAAAAUUCAGAAUUGAGUCCCUGAUUCCAGAGCUGUUGGUGUGUUCCCAAAGUGAAAAAUGGGAGAAUGAUUCAGAAACUUAGAGUCACUGAAUCUGCAGCUGUUAGGAUGUUCCCAAAGUGAGAAAUGGGGGAACAGUGGGAAAAACUCUGAAGAAUCCCUUAUCCCAGAGCUGUUGGGAUGUUCCCAAAGUGAAGAAUGUGGAAACAGUGGGAAGAACUCAGAAGUGUCCCUGAUCCCAGAGCUCUUGGUGUGUUCCCAAAGCGAGAAAUGGGGGAACAGUGGGAAGAACUCAGAGUUGAGUCCCUAAUUCCAGAGCUGUCAGAGCAUUCCCAAAGCAAGAAAUGGGGGAAUGGGAAAAGCUUGGAUGAGCACCUAACCCACAGUUGUUGGGAUGUUCCCAAAGUGAGAAAUGGAGGAACAGUGGGGAAAACUCAGAACUGAGUCCCUAAUCCCACAUUUGCCAGGGUGUUCCCAAACUAAAAAAUAUGGAAACAGUGGGAACAACUGAGAAGAGUCCCUAAUCCCAGAGUUGUUGGGAUGUUCCCAAAGUGAGAAAUGGGGGAACAGUGGGAAAAACUCAGAAUUGGGUCCCUGAUCCCAAAGCUCCUGGUGUGUUCCCAAAGCAAGAAAUGGGGGAACACUUCAUCAGAGUCCUUAAUCCCACAGCUGCUAGGGCAUUCCCAAAGUGAGAAUUGUGGAAACAGUGGGAACAACUGAGAAGAGUCCCUGAUCCCAGAGCUGUAGGAUAUUCCCAAAGGGAGGGAUGAAGGAACAACUCCCACCCCACCUUUGCCAGGGCACAGCCCUUCUCAAAACCUCAGCACAGUUUGAGUCUGCACUCGAAAUUCUGACUCUAAAGAAAAGCUAUUUAUACAUUUCAGGGUGAAAUCAGUGGAGAAAUCUUAAUUUCUUCCCAGUGCUCUCAUUGGGAUUCUGGGAAAUAUUUCCUGGCUGGCUGCAAUGUGCACCUUGCUGUUGCUUAGAUUAUUCCUGGAGGAUUUCUGUCCUAAAAACUAAGCAAGGCAAGGGGGAGAUUCUUCAGCUGAAGAAUUCCUUUUCACAAAAAAGAGUGAUUUCCAAAGGUAAAAAAUAGCAAAGGAUGUUACUUGAAAGGGGCAGGAACUUGGUGGUGGAUUUUCCAGAAGAGUUUGCACACUGUAACAUUUCACUGUGCUGCUGAGAAAUCAGCUUUUAAGUACUUGCAACAGAAUUUUUAUUGUUCCUAAAUGAUAGAACAGGAAUGCUGGCAGCCUGUCCUGACUUAAUUCAGUAUCAUUUGAAAGGAGGCUUUAUAAAUCCCUGACUGAAGGAUUAUAAAGUACCUUAGCAGCUACUUACAGGUAAUUAUUGGAGUUUAUUUGAAUAAGCUGAUUAUUGUAGCAUGCAUGUGUUCAGAAUUUAGGUGAGAACAGCCCAGCAGGAAUUUUUUGUUUUCAUAUUCCUUUGCCUUAGGGACAGCUCAAUCUUUUACUGCAACUGCAGCUUUUCUUUAUGACCAGAUGUUUGUGAUACAGCAAGAAAUGGAAUGAAAAAUCUCUUGCAGGACACUUAAAAUAUUUCAAAUGUAUAUGCACAGCUCAUCCCAUGGCAGGAAAAUGAGAUUUAACUCCUGCCAUUAAACCAGAGGCUAAAUUAGAAUUUAUGCUUUACUACAGAGAUGUAUUUUUUACCUUUGGAAUACAAAAUAAUUGAAAUUUCAGUGACCUGAAGCACAUUUUAGGUGGCUUUGGUCUUCACUGCUGGGUGCCUGUCCUGUGAGUGUUGCACAGUGCAGAGGUGAAAUUCCAGGUGCUGCAGGCUGGGAUUGAAAUAUUGAUAAGAUUUCAUUCCUCACUUUUCCUCCUCGAUUUAAAAAGACUUUAAUAUUUUGUUUCAUUUUUUUAUUUGCACACCACGAGACUUUAUAUAAAAAAAAACCUACUUGUAUCCUGCUAGAGGCCAGUAAAAGCCAGCAAUUAGUUUGUGUUUUUAGGCUUUCCUGGGGUUUUCCCUGGAUCACAAGUGUGGAGCAUCCUGAUAAAGCUCGUGAGUUUUAUCUAUGCAUGGCUAAAUUUUAGUCUUAAUAUCCUGUAGUGCCUGUAGAGCAAAGGUAGCUAGCAGUGGGGUUGGGGGGGCUGCCAGGGGUUUACAAAUAAAUCCACUUGGUUGCAUGAAAUUAUUUCAGAGCCCAGAAUUUUAAGGAAUCCCAGAAUUCUGGUGGUAAGGCUGCAAUCAGAAGGGGCAUCAGGAAAUGGAGCUCAAUUGGAAUUGCUUUGCCAGUGAGCUCAGUGGAAACCCAGCUGUUCCAGUCCCAGCUCUCUCUCUGCAAAGCCAUAUUUUUAGAGUAGUGGGAUGUGAUGUGGGAAGAAAUUCCAGUGGUUGGGACAGCAGGCACGUGGUGGAGGCUUUGUCUCAACUCCUGAGUGGAUCCAGAGUAGUUUUAAGUGCAAUUGAUGGAAAAUAGAUGAAGAUGCUGUAGCUGAUUUUUGCUCUGCUGAACUCUUUUUAAGAACUCCAAUUUGUGCAGCUCUCAAAUCAAUUUGGAUGGGGCUGAUCCAGCUGGAAUUCCAAGCCCUGUGAACAAAAAAAAAGAAAAAAAAAAAGGAAAUAAUUGGGGUGUGACUGUGCAAAUUGAGCUGUUCCUUAAAAACUGGAGCAGGAGAGCUUGGAACAAAGGCCUAGAACCCUCCUGUGCUGUGCUGCAUGUGCUCUAUGGUCAUAGCUGUGUGUUACAAAGACCUUUCACCAGACUGCUACUGGCUCAAUUCAUGUAUUUUGGUAUUGAAAGAAAUUGAUUACCUCAAUUUUUAUCCUUUAUUUUUCAACUGUGACUUUCAACCAGAACAAAAAAAAAAAAAAAGAAAAAAACCACAAAAAUACCGAAAUAGUGAAACUGUGACAAUGGUAUCCUUUAAAUGUUGUAGUGCCUUGCAGAUGACACCAUUUAUUCCCCAAAUAAAUGGAUGUCAGGGGUUGCACCCCCUUUUUUUUUGUUUUAAAGGAAAAUAACGGUUUUGGUGAAAGGACUUAAAAAAUUUAACCUAGUGACAAAUAUUAGCACAAAUGGUUAAACUGUUUUAAAGAAAACUCUUUGAGGACUGAGAUAUGUAAAUGCCUGAUGCUGCUGCUGUUGAAGAGCAGUUGCUGAUUUUUUGGGAGUCUAUUCUAACAAUCAGCAGUGCUUUUUGAAUUUUAUUUUAUUUUAUUUUUUUUUAAGAAAAGUGUAACUUUUGUACUCUGGUCAGAGCUGGUUUUGUGCUAUGUGGAAUCCCCAGCCCAGGGGAUUUGGUGUCCUCACUCCUUGGAAUUCAAGGUGAGGAUGGAGAUAACUCUGAAGGAUUGAGGUUUGAACUUUUUUUGCUACUGUAUAAUUAAAAAAACAACAAAAAAAAAAGCACCAUUUCUAACCCACUGAUGUUUGGAUACAGCAAAAGUGCCAUUACACUGUUCCUUUUCUCUUUUACUUGGAAAAAUUUGUGUCCAGGCAUUCCUGAGCUUGGGAAGUGCUGAAGAGUCCUCAAGGGGUUUCCACGCUUUGCUGACUGUGUUAGCAGCUUGUGGUGGUGUUCUGUUCUUUCUCCUCAGAGAAUGAGUGUGAUCAGAAGUUACUGAAGUUAUAGGGAUUCAAAUGUGACAAACUUAGCAGGGGAACCUUUGCAACUGGAGCUACUCUGCAGUCUGGGAGUAUUUGAAUUUUAAACUGUGCAAUUUGGGAUUAAUCCAGUUUUACACUUUGCAAUUAACACACCUGAUUGCAGGGAGGAGUUGAGUUGCAUGUGAGGGUUCCCUAAUAAGUUGAGCUUUUUUUUUUUUUAAUUAUUAUUUUUUAAUUGAAACUUGUCUGAAUUUGCACAGAUUUAAGCUCUGGAAUACUUUGGUAUUCUUGAAAAGGGAAAAAAAAUUGUGACUAGUAUAGUGAAUUGUGAACUGUGAGUUGGUAGAAUCACAAGGUUGAUCUAAUCUUAGGUUGUUAAAAAUGUACCUCAGAAAGCUCAUGAGAAAUUUGCUUCAUUUUUACACAACAACCAGAUCCUGACAUAACACUUCUCACUUUACAAUGUGCCAAAAUUCACUUUUAUACUAGUUCUCAAUGCUUUAAUAUUUGCAACUCUAAGUUAAAAACGUGUUAUUUACAAACACUACUGUAACUUCAGUUCAGCUGAAUGGUGUGAUUGAAGCUUUUUGCCUCUCCUAUUUAUUACACAACUUGAUUCAGUAAAUAUAAAAUUACCUUUCCAUUUAUUUUUGUAUUGUUUUACAUGUUUAUACCUGCAGUUUGUGUGACUUUUACACCUGUAACUCAGAUGUGAUGGAAAGAACCAAUAAACAGUAUCCAUCCA